AUGGUCGCCCUCAGCGGCGCUCACUCCCUUGGUCGUGCCCAUCCUGACCGGUCUGGUUAUGACGGUCCUUGGGACUUCAGUCCGACUGUCUUCACCAACGAAUUCUUCAGAUUGCUGGUUGAGGAGAAAUGGAACUGGAAGAAGUGGAGCGGUCCUGCCCAAUACACCGACAAUACCACUAAAACUCUGAUGAUGCUUCCUACCGAUAUGGCUCUUGUAAAAGACAAGGAGUUCAAGAAGCACGUCGAACGAUAUGCCAAGGACAGCGACGCAUUCUUCAGGGAAUUCUCGGAUGCGUUCGUCAAGCUCCUCGAGCUUGGCGUUCCCUUCACCUCCAAGGCUGAAGAUCGCAUACGAUUCAAGUCUUCCCACGACUGA